AGAGGCAGGUCACUACCUCGGGAGGCCUACGUCAUAUCUGGGUGCGUGGUGUUGAUAUAUAAAUCAAUAAUAGCUUCUACCUAAUGAUGCACUUUGCGGACUGGAAUAAUAAUUCGUAGUUCAAACGUUCGUCAUAAAAAUGCGCACCUUUACUUUGUUAGCUCUCGCAUCCGCGCCCUUUUUGGCGGCGGCUGCCCCAAUCGUUAUUCCGCGGCAAGGCACAUCGAAGUUCUGCACACGGAUCACCCCGACUCCUACCGACGAAGAGACUGAAAACAGAUUUAACGAAUUUGAAGAUCUCUUCCUAGUUAAGAAAGACGUUUAUAAGGCCUUCGAGUACAUCCUACCGGAGUACAUCAAUCAUAACCCUGCUGCGCAAAACGGCGCUCAAAACGCUUUAGACAUUCUCGCUCCAAUAUGGGGAAGCCAGUCCAUUACUGUGCUACGCACCAAGUUCGAGGGGAAUAUGUCGUGGCUUAAUUAUAAAAACUCGAUGGGCGAGAUUGUGGAUCGGUAUCGUUGGGAGGAUGGCUGUAUUAUUGAGCACUGGGAUCAAGGAGAGGUGUUCCCAACUUCCUAAUCUCUAGGGUUAGUGGAAUAAUUUAGUUCUGGAUACGAUGGUAGUUGGCAUAAUGAGAUGCUCAUUAGGGGUUAAUCGUUCUUCGGCAUGCGCAAGAACUCGAGUAAAUGUGUGUUGUCCCUUACCUAGCGCCGCCGUCCUAUACAUAAGCGCCCAGGGCGAUAGGGCAGCGAUGUAGAGGAACCGGGUUCUAAUUGGGCUGCCUAGAGUAUUUAACCUAUCUUCGUCUAUAUUAAUCAGCUAUUCCAAAGAAAGAUCUAGGCUACAAGCGUUUCAACUUGAAUCUUGACAAUAUAGGUAAGUGCUGACAUGAAUAGCAUGGGUGCUGUCUAGGCUGUAUUCAGCUCGUGCAGCCCUAUAUAGAAUGGCGCCUAUCAUAGCCUCAAGAAGCAAGGUUAUCAAUUGGUAUGGAUUGAUGACACUGCACGCUUAUGCAGGUUUCGUAUAAAUAAACUAUUUUAUGUGAUGGGACAUUGGGAGGAUGAUUUAUAAAGUUGCCUGCGAUGCCGAGUCGUCCAUCAACUGGCGUUUGGAUCUUGUGCUAUGGCAACCUUUUCGUUUUUUUUCCUUCAUUUCUCAUGGGACAGUCCUAGGCAGUG